CAACUUUUGUGCUGAUCUCCGAGCGCAGCCACGCAAGCAGCCAAAAAUCGUCGCCAUUUUAUUAAGCGUCUAAAUGGCCCUCCCCAAUCGCCGCAAUGAGAUCCUGUGCUGUGUUCGCCGUUUUAUCUCCUCCUCUGGCCACAUGAAAAUGGCCACGCAGUUACAUUCCCGCACAUGCACCCACAGCGCCGCGCGCCGUUAGCGCGCAGCCACGGACACCGCCGACACGUUUCCAGCCCGUGCGCAGACCACAGCAUAAUCCGAGCCAUUAUUAAAGGCGGGAGCGAUGUAACUUUCCCCGAGAGGAGAAGUGGCACCAUAAGAUCCAGUGUAAGCAGUCCGCCACCUAGCUGCGGAGGCGCGCCGACGGAGAUCUGUCGACUGUAUUAUGAAAACACCCGCGCCAAUGUUGGCGCACAGUGCGCCGCGCGCUCCGCCGAGACUCCAACUCGUUUUUUAGGAGCUGUGUUAACCUCCCGUGGCCUUCGUUAUGUAAUCACACCAACAUCUAAACGCACCACCGAGGAGCUCCGUCGGUGCGAAGGGGAGAUCAGGAGGACAGCGACACCUUCACCUCCUCCAGCCGAAACGCAGCUGCUGUCUGCGGGACGCGUUCUCGGACCCCUUUUCAUUUCAAGCCUACGGGACAAGAGAGAGACCUUUAGAGGAUGAAAUAGCGCACAUUUUCUUGGACUGGUAUAAGAUCUUUAUUUUAUUUUUGUUUUUUUGUGUAUUUGACAAACUUAACCUGCAGCCUGGUCUCCGCCCUUCACCCCUUAACCCCACUGGUGCCCUUCGGAAGUGUUAUACUGGCAACUCCACAGUGCCCUGUUUCCUUCCCCUGACUUCUCUGAUGGACCAGAGAGUGAAGGGGGGUACUCCUCUGACUACAGUCUCCCCUCUGCACCCCGCCUCGCCACCUGAAAACUCAGAACAGGAACAAGUGGCAGAGAACAGGAAGCGAGGUGAAAGAGAGAAUGGAGACUUAGGGAAAAAAGAGGAGGAGAAACGAGGAGCAGGGAGGAAGAGAGAAGGCGAUAAGGGGGCAGUACUGGAGUUGCACAUUGAGGGGCGAUGUGGAAGCACAGGACAGCAACAGCUUCAGUUAUCCAGCAGGGAGACGAGCUGCCCCGAAGGAAAUGUCCGACUACGGAUUGGAGUCCAGACCAAACGCACCAAGAAACCGCCCAAGAUCUUGGAGAGUUACGUCUGCAAGCCGACCAUUAGGACUUAUCAGAGACAGGGCAGGGGAGGAUUGCUGAAGGGAGACGGAGACGGAGGAGGGGGCCAGAAAUGUAAAACCAGAUGUACCACAGAUGAGGCAAAAAGAGAGCAACGCUCAGGGCCGGAUCCUCUCCAGACGCCAUCCAAACAUGCCUCCUCUGCUGCUUCGCCACCACCUGUGUCAUCGAUAUCAUCGUCAACAUCAUUAUCGCCAUCAUUGCCAGCUUCCACCCCUGCUUCAGCCCCUGCACUAACUAGCCAAGGGACCAAGUCUACCAAACAGGUCCCUAAUAAAGCAGCUGAUAAGACAGAGGUGAAUUCAAGUGGGUCACAGGACAGACCGAAGAAAGAGAAACAUCCUAGUGUCAAUGGCCAGCCUGUCCCUGUAGGACAGAAAGGCUGUUCGCCCUCAACAGAAAAGACUGUUUCGCCAAACCCUUCCACCCCUUGUCCUCAAUCCGUCUCAGCGGCAGACUCUAGGAGUGAUGGACACAGUGCUAAGAAACAUAACGGACUGGUGCAGACAGCAAAACAGAAGGGACUAUCAAAUGGGAAAGGCUCCAGCGACAUCCAUGGCUCUGCUCAUUCCUCAAAAAUCAAAGUUGGAAAGCUCAGCAGUUCAUCUCCUGCUACUUCCAAGGACUCUUCCACGAAGCAGCCUGUUCCCAGCAGUUCCCAUAAAGAACACAACCUGUCUCGUAAGAGUAGACCAGAUUCCCCUUCCACUCCCACAGCUGAUCCCGAAUCACAAUUAUCCCCCACUGUGGAUCCCACGUCGGCUCCAUCUUCAGAACAGGAUCCUUCUUCAUGGGUCACCCUAGAGAAAAAGAGAGAGAAAGAGAAGAAAGCAAAGAAAGGAAAACGGAAAGAUAAAAAAACAAAGCGUAGUAGAUUAGAGGUGGAAAAGGAAAAGGGUGAGAUCAGGAAGGACGAAGGCAAGAAGAAAAAAAAAGAGAAAGCAAAAGAGGGAAAGUCAAGGUAUGGUAAAGAAAAGAAUGAAAGACAUAUACACGAUAAUACGUGGGUGAGUGAAAUUAAGACUGAAAGGGGAAAGGCUGAGAAAAAGCCCAAGGAUAAGCUUAGUCCCGACGGUAACAGGGUAGAGGAAAUCAGUUCAAAGUGUGGUGAAACAGGUAAUAGUGGUAAACCAGAUAAGAACUGUAAAGUUGUGUGUCCCAGCAGACCAGGCGACAAAGACAAAACAGAUGAUGUUUGUAGGCCAGUUAAACAGUCUGAGCCAACAACAACAGGUGAUACCAGUAAAUCAAAAGAACAUGACAUUUCAAGACAUUCAGCUGUGCCUUUAAAUCCCGCCUCUAACGAUCCUUCCUCUCUGCCCAUUGCCUCUGCUCGCCCAGUCGUUUCUUCCCCAUCGUCCCCCCAUGAACAGGACAGUCGUCCCCUAAAAAAACGUAAAGCCAGGCGGUCCAGCUGGACCAAGCUGGCACACCGAGCUCAGAGGGUAGAAAGCCAAGAUGGUCCUUCAGGUUCUCAAAAUAACCCUUCACUAAACUUUCUCCAGAACCCCAAAUCAUCCCUUCCUGCCAAGGAUGCUAUCCAGCAGCCGGAUGAGUCACACCCAGCUCCCUCGAGGUCUUUAACCAUUAGCUCCUCCCCUCUUUCUUCUGCAACCAACGUCAACUUUGAAACAAGCGUCCCUGCUUUGAAAUGUCCCGUAAUUCCUACACGAAAAAGGGGCCGCCCUAAGUCUCAUGCAUCUAGCUUAGAUGAGUCUCCUCCUAGACUUUCACCAAACACUGUCCUCCCGGAGGUGUCACCUUUAGGCUGUGACGCAGUUCAUAAUACCCCUGUCCUGGAGCCAAGUCCAGUACAUCAGUGUUUCACUGAGUCUAAGUCCAGCCCUAAAAAGCGUGGCCGCCCUCCCAAACGGCCCUUCCCUGAGGACCAGGGCGGAGAUGCGCUGAGUCAAAGUGGCAAUAAAGCAAGGAGUAAAACUUUAGAUCCUCUUGAAAGGGGGAACAGGCAGCUAAAGAUCAGGAGGUUGAUCAAUGAGAUGAAGAAAAGAAAGAAGAGGAGACUUCACAAAAUAAUGCUGUCUGAGUGUGGGAGAAAGGAGGGAAAGGGAGAACCUUCUCUUGGGGCGUGUAAAUCAAUAGAGGGUACAACAGUACGCACACUCUCAGCCCUGUCCUCGUCCUUUGGGGGCAAACUAGGCCCUCAGAUCAAUGUCAGCAAGCGAGGCACCAUCUACAUGGGCAAGAGGAGGGGACGCAAGCCUAAAGCUAAAACAGCUAACCUAAACGCCAUCUCUCUUAACUCUAAUCAGCCAUCUUUGUUUACCAGUCCUACUGAAACAUCGCUAUUCUCAUCCAGCCAUCCCCAGCGUCCUGCUCAUUCCUUCCCCUCCCCGUCUCUUACCCACUCCAGUGGGGCCCAGAGCCCUUACAGUGAAGCUAGCCUCACAGAACCAACAUCCUGUCUACUUUUUCCUCACCCCUUCUCCCUCCCUUCCCCUUCAUCUUCUUGUACUUCCCCUCGUCCUCCUUCCUCCUCAUCCCUCUCUUCUUUUGUGAAGAAGAGCUGUCCAUGUCAGGGAAGGCGUCAUUUCCCCUUCCACCAGUCGUCAUGUAAGCUUUCUUGUCCCACCCCUCCCCUGCAUCAUACGGCUGGAUCUCCUGGCCACCUGAAAGAGGCCACCACCUCCCCCAGGAGCGAAUCGCACAGUGAAGAGACGUUGCCUAGUGAUAGUGGAAUUGGCACAGAUAACAACAGUAUCUCUGAGCGAGGAGAGAUGAGGGGAGCUCGAGGCUUGCUCAGGUUGGGUCAGGGGUCAGGUGUGAUUCUAGGAAGUCAAAGACAUCCCUCCUCGCUUGUAGACUGUCCCUCUCCCGUCGCCUCACCUCUCUCAAACAUGCCCAGACAUACAAAUUCCAUCAGCAGUUCAGCUAAUGUGGAGCGGCACAGAGAACACCACAGGCACAGACGUAGAGAUUAUGACUGUUCCACAUCCUGUUCGUGUUUGUGUCCGUGCCCCUGCGUAGGACACAGUAAAUGCACUCAUUCAGACUUUUAUCCUUGCCUGGGGCACAAUGCACUGAAGAGGCAGAAAAAUAAGCAUAAGAAAAAGCACCAGCAGCUGCACAUGCAGGACCCAGAGUUUCUUUCUGAACUAGACGAUCUGAUUGGUCAGUUCAGUGAGGUUCAUAUCGGACGACAAAGCUGGGCAAGGAUGGGUCUGGAAGCGAGCUUUGAUGGAAGCGGGAAUGCUGCUGGAGGUCGGCGGCAUCACUCCUCUUCACAUUCUCUCCGCUCAAACAUCUUCAGGAUCAAUCUGAACGGCUUCUACUCGCCUCAUCCCUCAUCUUACGCACCUAAUUCCUCCUUCUCAGCCCAGCCGUUCUACUCCUGCCAACCAGUGCACUGCAACAGAAAGCCAGACCGCAGGCAAUGCGGUUGCCCAUCAAAGUUCCAGGAGACAAUUGACAGUAUGGGCUUUUACAGCAGCUACGCACCAACAACGGCAAUUUACCACCACCUUCCCAGCUCUUAUACCCUUUCAUCUGCCAACCAGUAUGCCUCCCAUCAGCCCCACCAUGCCCACUUUCUCCUCAACCCAGCCAGAUUCCACAGGCGGAGGAACAGGGUGCUGAGGGAGGGAGCUUUAGGAGGAGAGGUUGAGGGAGACAUAGGAGGAAGCAGUGGAGGAGCCUCACACCUCAGCUCAGGGUUCACGUCAAGCCUCCUCCCUUUUGGCUGUGGGCGGAGUGACCACAAACGUAAACAUCGUCACCGACACUGCGAUAUGGAUGAAGAGGAGGAGCUGUGCGAGGAUGACGACGAAGAAUGUAUUGAAAGAGAGGGGAUGGUCAGUUCAAAGGGAAGGUCGGGAUUUGUUGUGGGACAAGGGGAAGGAGGACGGAAAGGGACAAGAGGCAUAGGGAGUAUGGUGUCCAAGGAGUCAUCUUGGUUUUAUGAGAAUGGAAGCGAUUCUUUUUCCUCCACUGCAGCUGCAGGUAAUACUUCAUCAUCAUCAUCAUCAUCUUCAGCAGAGAGGUUCAAACACACACCUCUCACUUCACUGGGACUCGGUUCUUCUCACUUGUCUUCGUUUGGGGGUGGCUGGGGUGGCUUAGGCCAGACCUGGAUGAAAUUUGGGAGCCUGGGAGGGCAAGGAUUUGGAAAAUCAAACCCCAACUGGAGAGUUGGCAGCGGGGAGCAGCAGAAAAGCAGGAUUGUUGCAUCAGAUGAUGAAGAUGAAGAUGUGGAGGAUGUUCAACAGACAGACUUGUACAGGACAUCACCCUCCCCAACACACACCAACCUGUUCACAUCUGCUGCCACUGCAACCAGCGGAAAAAGUCUGAGGAGCGGAUUGUCCAGUCGUUGCACGGGAGGUGGAGACAGGUUGUGGAGGACCGAUGAGCCAUUUUGGACAGAAAGGAGAGAAGCAGGUUUACAAGGUGACUCGCAAAGCCGGGAGCAGCCGAAAAGUGUGCCAACAUCAGACAGUGCGGCGGUGAAAAACAAAAGAAGGCCAGGACGGCCAAGGAAGCACCCGCUGCUCUCCACUGUAUCCUCCCCCUCAUGCUCCUCAAUAGCUCUCUCCAUAUCAUCACCUGAAAUCGUGCCAGGACACGGCAGAGAGGAGGGAGGCAGAAAAGAAGAGAGAAGGGCAGAGCGAGAGAGAGGAGGAGGAGGAGGCGACACAGUGCAGGAGGUGAUUGAAUCGGAGCUGCAGGCCAGAAGGAAGAAAGGACGGAAGAGAAAACACGGUGACUCCCCCUGUCGCCAGAGUUUCGAUGAAGAUAAGUCAGAGUGUGACGUUCCUGUGGCGUGUUUCAGACAGUCAGACGGUGACGAGGUUCAAUCCCAAACAGUGCCGGACCAAAGAGAGGAGCGAGAUGAUGGUCCUCCAAGGAAAACGUUCCUGCGGGCAGGUCUCUACUCUGACGAUUACAAAAUUACAGAUCCCCCCUCCCAGGUCCAUCAGCACUGCAGAGACAGUCUGGACUACACACCAGAGGAGCAUGAGUACAACCUUUUACCAGCUCCUAUCCACGUCGGAAAGUACCUGAGGCUGAAGAGGAUUCAUUUCCAGUUGCCCUAUGAUGUCAUGUGGCUCUGGCAACACAACCAGCUUCACAGGCAGCCUGCUGUGCCACUGAAGAGGAAGCGGCGCUACUGCCGACUGAAGCAGAAGACGAUGACCUCUCACCACGCAGCAGAGGAAACCUCUAGUGACAUCACCAGCCUUUUCCCUCACCUGGACAUGGCGCCUUUGACCAGCAGUGAGAGGAGCUUUGUGGUAAAGCACCAUGUGUUCCUCGUGAGGAACUGGGAGCUGGUGAGAGACAGACAGAUCCGUCUGAGGGUAGAGAGGGAACGAGAGCGAGACGCUGACGGAGGAGAAGAGAGGAGCGCGCCACAUUUUUCCCGUAACGGAGCCCAUGGGGACGACAGCCACAUCAAGUCAGAUCAGCCAGUGGGGGUGGAGGUGAUGGAUGUCAGCAGUGACCCCCACUACCAGAGUCAGGAUACCUCCAGCCCGCUCACUGCCAGCCCCUGUCCCACCAAAACCCAGAACAGACCAGAGAAGGUGAGGGAGGAAGAAAAACGGGGUGAAGAGGAGGUUUGCAGCAGAGAACAGAGGAGGAAACGUCUGAAUGAUUUACUUUUGACCCUUCAGCAUUCAUAAGCUAACACAGAGAGGUGGGACAAAUCUCAGAAAGGGACCAGGCCCACCACUGGCCAGGCGGACAGGAAAUGAUGUCAUAAUACUGCUAUUAGAUUGCAAGAAAGGAGCUGGAGAGACUAAAAAUGUAAGAAAGACAUCACACACACUGUCACAUGAGUGUGUUCAACCUAUUGCUCUGAAGGGCAUCAUACCAAGGAUGAAACCAUGGCAAGGCAUCCUUUGUCCAAACAGCGAGGGACGAACGGGACGCAGAGACGGACUGUUGCGGAUGAAAGAAACUGAGCAGCUGAAAAGAAUUUGCACUAGUGCUGGACUUACCAAGCACGCUAAAGCCUGAACUCUGAGUGGACACACUAUAAACACACAGACUUCGCUUGUACUUCGCACCUUAAGGAAACCGAUUAAGACGGGACGUUGAACGUGGACAUGCAUGGUACUCAGCCUUUCGGCUCUGGAGUGUCCAAGAGGCGAGGAGUUCUUAAGCUGCAUUGGAGAACAAAAAAAUA